AUGUCCGGUAUCUCGAGCCAGUCCUACGAAGCCUUCGACCCGUCGCUGCCCACCGACCAACCUUUUGUCACACGGGCGUCGCACUUUCAGUUUAACCUCUCUUCGCCCUAUGAGCUGGCUAAGACCCGAGAAGAAUCCAUGGUCUCGCAACCAUGGUGGAAGUUUGAAGAUCAUUCAUUCGCCUCUACGGAUUACAUGGCCCCUGAGCUUCCGAUAUAUACAGAUCACGUUGUAUCAUGGAACUGUGGACUAUCAGGCGUUUCCGACCCGCAGAGCCCACGAAGUAAUAGCAGUGGAAGCAUUCCAGUUAUGAAUUGUAUCGCAUCCUCGUCAUAUCCUCAUGAAGAUUUCCCUAUCCCUACUGUCGAUGAGCAGCAAGUCAGCUAUCCAGCCGCCGACACUCUCAUCAAUCUCGACCAUUCUUCGAUGCUUCCCAGGACCCAGGUGCUUGAGGUCAAUCCCGAUAGCCGCUCUUCCUUUGAUCAGUAUGAGUUUUACCCGUGGUCGGGGAGCCAGUCGAACUGUAGCGGCACGCCUGAACAACAGUGGCAUUCACCUCUACCGGCGGACACCUUGACAUUGUCUCAGCCCCCAACAAGAUCCAAAAGUCGUCUUGCUUCGGUUUCAAGAGUCCGAAAAUCUGUUGAGCGAUGCCCUCCAUCUUUUCCUGGCCGUAGCCGCCGGCGUCGAGGAGUGGCUAGCGCAGACAACGCUGACGGCAACAACCCUCGAAUCUUCGUAUGCAGCUUUGCCCCGUACGGAUGUGAAAGUACAUUUGUCUCCAAGAAUGAGUGGAAGCGCCACGUCACCUCUCAACAUCUCCAAUUGGGCUUUUAUCGCUGCGAUGUGGGCAAGUGUAGCGUGCACAUGCACCAAAUGAGUCCUGAAUCCUUCCUCUUAUCCGCUGCCUCUACCAAAUCACGCGCAUCCACGCCUCCACCGGGUCAACCGAACGACUUUAAUCGCAAGGAUCUAUUCACACAACAUAUGCGGCGAAUGCACGCACCAUGGCUCCAGUCCGGUCGGCGACGUACUCCUACGGAUGCCGAGCAUAGUGCUUUUGAGACUAGCCUGGAAGAUGUGCGUCGGCGGUGCUGGCACGGCUUACGAACACCGCCUCAACAAAGCCAUUGUGGCUUCUGCCAUGAGACAUUUACCGGAGACAGCAGCUGGGAUGCCCGUAUGGAGCAUGUUGGACGGCACUUUGAGCGUGAUGAUCAUCAAGCGCUUAAAGAUGAGACAGAGGAUCUAGCACUACGAGAGUGGGGACUUCGUGAGGGAAUUCUGAGCCUCGUUGACGGGAAAUGCCAACUAGUGUCGUUGGUGGGCAUGGAUCUAUAA